CCUGUGGGGGAGCCACGUCCCAGCUCGGCAUGGAAACUCUCCCCUCCCCUGACCCCCCACCUUGGUCGGCUGUCCCCUAGGCCACCUUCGAGGGAGGCUGAGCCAGGAGGAUCACUUGAGCCCCGGAGUCAGCUGCAGUGAGCCUGGAUGGCACUGCAGCCCCCAGGCUGGGCCCAGGCACUGCUUCCAGCUAACUUCCUGCUGCAAGGUGGCGGGGGCUCCUGUAUCUGAGACGUGGUCACUGAUUUUGGUUGAGUUUGGUCCCAUAGCAGUGUGGUGACCACUUGGGCCUCUGAGUGGCAGGUGACUCCCUUGAGGAUUCCAGGGGUCACCCCGUCCCUUCCCUCUGAGCCCCCCCCCAUGGUUCCAUGCACCCUGGAGACAUGUGCAGCCCCGCACCUGGCUACCCGGGGAGACGAGGACGGAGGGUGGAGCAGUGGUGCGGAAAGAGCCUUGGCGCCCCUCUGGGCCAGAUCGGGUUGGGACUGGCGUCCUGGGACCCUGGACAAGCGACCGGGGCUGGGUCUGACCAAACUGAGGUGGGACAAGAAGCGGAGGUUCCCGGGGAGGGGGUCCCCUCCCUUCGCCGGCGCUGGCACGGAGCGGCCCGCGGGCGGCGCGGUCCCUCCCGGGAGGCGGAGGAAGGCGGCAGGAGGGAGGAGGGAGGAGGAGGCAGGGAGGGGGCCGGAACCGAGCGGAGCCGAGCCGAGCCGAACGCAGCGGAGCGCAGGGAGGACCCGAGGGCGGAGCGGAGCGCGGCGGGCCGGGCCGAGCGACCCCCGAGAGGCCCCACGUCCCUCCGCGGCCCCCCCGUGCCUCCUCCCCCCGGUCGGCGCCGGGGUUGCCGCGAGCGGCGGCGGCCGAUCCUGGGAAGCGCUGACCUCUGCGGAGGCGGCGGGGGCUCAGCAUCGGGCCGGGGCCGGGGGGGCGCCGGGGCCGGGGGGCGGCGCUCCGGCCCGGCCCGGCCCCGCCCGAUGUCCAUGAGCGCGAACACCAUGAUCUUCAUGAUUCUGGGGGCGUCGGUCGUGAUGGCCAUCGCGUGCUUGAUGGACAUGAACGCGCUGCUGGACCGAUUCCACAACUACAUCCUCCCGCACUUGCGGGGCGAGGACCGCGUCUGCCACUGCAACUGUGGCCGGAACCACAUCCACUACGUGAUCCCGUACGAUGGGGACCAGUCGGUGGUGGACGCCUCGGAGAACUACUUUGUGACGGACAAUGUGACCAAGCAGGAGAUCGACCUGAUGCUGGGGCUUCUGCUGGGCUUCUGCAUCAGCUGGUUCCUGGUGUGGAUGGACGGCGUCCUGCACUGUGCCGUACGCGCCUGGAGGGCUGGACGGCGCUACGAUGGCUCGUGGACCUGGCUGCCCAAGUUGUGCAGCCUGCGGGAGCUGGGCCGGCGGCCGCACAGGCCCUUCGAGGAGGCCACAGGGAACAUGGUGCACGUGAAGCAGAAACUCUACCACAACGGGCACCCCAGCCCGCGGCACCUGUGAGCCGCGAGGGAACUUGCCGGGGCCACCGAGGCACUGGCCGCUGUACAGAUGUAAAAGGGACCUCAUGGACACCCGGGCCGGCAGGACUGGACAGCAGCCCUGGGCCAGGGGAAUCCGGGCUGUGGCCGGCCGGGAGAGUCCAGUGGAAGGUGCUGUCUCCUAUUCUUUUUAUAAAGGCGAUUGGGGUGGGGGCUGGGGUGGGGGAGGCCAAAGGGCCUCAGGGGACAGGACCCUGAGCCCCUGGCUGGGCAGGGCACGAGGGCAGACUCGGCCCCAGAGGUGCUGGGGGGGCAGGGAGGGUCCUGGGGGGGCAGGCAGGGGCGGGAACAGCCAGGUGCAUGGCCUGGGGCAGCAUGUUUGAAGCUGCUGUUUCCCGUGCUCUGCGUCUGUCUGGCCAGCCUGACAGAGGGGAGGAAGGUGAGGUGCAUCUGUGUGCACGGCUGCAGGGUGAGGCACAGGCCCCCAGCCCCACUGUGGCAGGUACCUCAUGUGAAGCCCACCCCUCUGUGGUCAGUAAAUUCUCCAGAAAGCUCCA